CAACGAUCACCCCUUGCGGCUCCUCUGUUUGACUGUUUCUUCGAGAAAUAAAAAUCAGAGCAAAUGGCUUUAAGAAUUAGCUGUUCAUCUUCUUCAGUUUUUCUCCUUCCUCAAGCUCCCGAUUCAAAUUCCUUCGAUUCUACAAAAACCGCUCGAUUAUCUGUGAAGGAAGAUGAAGGCUCAUGGAGAAGCCGAAGCGUAUGCGUUUUAGGUUUAGCGAGCUUGAUUUUCGCAAUCGAAGUCAGCGACAUCUUCGUCGCUAGUGAAUCUCUGGCUCUGGAAUCGCCGCCGCAACUUGUGGAUUAUUCGAGGAAGCGUGUGAAGAUCUCGAGAUGGAGCGAUAAGAGAAAAUGCGCUCCAUGGCGAGCCAAUUCGCUGGAGUUCAUCGUGCCUGAGAACCUUCCGAGGCCGUCGCAUCGUCGGAAGUGGGAGGCAAUUGCAUAUGAAUCAAUGGAUGUGAAGAACGCUCCGGGAAUUCGAGUAAUUUCUUCUAAAACUAGCUCCAAUUACUGUUUCUCUUUGUAAAUAUCUAUCACUCUUGUUUUGUAAGUCAUUAGAUGAACCACAUCAAUGGCUGUAGUGUUAAUAUUGCUAUUGAUGUUCAUCUUCUUCAGUCGUUGUAUCACAUCAAUCACAUCCGCUGAUCGUUAUUGAUGAACAUGAAUAAUUUUCGGUAUAGGAAAAAUUGAAGAAAAAACUAGUUGAAUUGAAAUGUAAUGCAGUACAGAUUGGGAUCGUUGUAGUACAUGUAGUACAGUACAAAAUGUGCAUUAGAAAAGUUUUGUUGAUCUUUCACCUUA